GGUUAUUUCAUCUAGUCGUUUGAGAUGACAGAAGAUGGAAAGUUCCGAAUUGAGAAGUUCGAUGGUACAGAUUUCAGUUGGUGGAAGAUGCAAAUUGAAGAUUUGCUGGUUCAGAAAGAUUUGGACGUGGUUUUGGGUGACAAGCCAGAAAAGUUGUCAGAUGCAGAUUGGGCAGGUUUGGAUCGGAAAGCUAUGUCCGUGAUCCGUCUCUCGUUGACCAAGAAUGUUGCGUUCAACAUUCUAAAGGAGAAGACAGCGAAAGGAAUUAUGGAAGCAUUGUCUAACAUGUACGAGAAGCCAUCUGCAGCGAACAAAGUUUUUUUGAUUAGAGAGCUGGUGAACACAAGAAUGAAAGAAGGCACUUCAGUUACCGAGCAUAUCAACAAGUUGAAUUCGAUCUUAGCCAGACUUUUGUCAGUGGGCAUUAAGUUCGAUGAUGAAGUUCAAGCUUUACUACUGCUAUCGUCUUUACCUGAUAGUUGGUCCGGAACGGAUACAGCGGUUACCGGUUCAGUGGGACCUGAUGGAUUCACCUUUGAUCAGAUUCGAGAUCUCGUUCUUGGCGAGGAUGUCAGAAGAAAGAGUUCAGGAGAGUCAUCUGGUGAGUUGCUUUAUGUUGGCAGAGGCAGAAGGAUUAGCAGAGGUAGUGGGAGCAGGAACAGACAAAGGAGUCAGUCGAAGACUCGUGACAGCUCAGGUGUAACGUGCUGGAAGUGCAAGGAGAGAGCAGUGUGGAUUCUUGGGUCAUGGAUUCUGGUGCUUCAUUUCAUGCCACCCACAGCGGUGAAGCAUUGCAGAAUCUAGUUGUUGGGGACUUUGGAAAGGUACGACUAGCAGACGACAGAGCUCUUGAGGUGACGGGCAUGGGUGACAUGGUGUUGAAGACCUUAGUCGGUCU